GAAAAUUCACCCACAAAUACCAGCAUCAAAAAACAAUAGAGAUAAGACUGAAAACUAAUUCUCUUUCAGACGAACUCACUUGCUCUCUUUUCUUCCUCCAUAGCCACCUUUCUGCAGAGCUCAAGAGAGAGGUGCAGAAAACCAUGUCUUGCUCGAAUAUCACAAUGUGGGUGUCCUCAAAACCUUCUCUUUCGGACACUUCUGCACUCUCUUCUCGCUCUUUUAUCACUCCUUUUCAGCUCCCAAAUCCUAGCUCUUCUAGCCCUUCAAGAUCAUCAACUUCCACCCCCAUUCAGUGCGGUCUUCGUGAACUGCGUGACCGUAUUGAUUCUGUCAAGAACACACAGAAGAUCACCGAGGCCAUGAAGCUUGUUGCUGCUGCCAAGGUGAGAAGAGCACAAGAAGCUGUGGUUAAUGCCAGGCCCUUCUCAGAAACACUUGUUGAAGUUCUCUACAACAUCAACGAGCAGCUCCAAACAGAGGAUAUAGAUAUCCCUCUGACCAAAGUUAGGCCGGUCAAGAAAGUGGCUCUUGUCGUGGUAACUGGUGAUCGUGGCCUCUGCGGUGGAUUCAACAAUGCAAUCAUCAAAAAGGCCGAGUCCCGUAUCAGAGAACUAAAGGAACUUGGCCUUGAUUACACUGUGAUCAGUGUUGGUAAAAAGGGUAACUCGUAUUUUAUUCGUCGACCUUACAUUCCUGUGGAUAAGUUUCUUGAAGGCAGUUCUCUUCCCACUGCCAAAGAAGCCCAGGUGAUAGCCGAUGACGUCUUUUCCCUGUUCGUAAGUGAAGAGGUUGAUAAAGUUGAGCUUCUCUACACCAAGUUCGUGUCUUUGGUGAAAUCUGAUCCAGUAAUUCACACGUUGCUGCCCUUAUCACCAAAAGGAGAAAUAUGUGAUGUGAAUGGAAUCUGUGUUGAUGCAGCAGAAGAUGAGUUCUUCAGGCUGACAACAAAGGAAGGCAAGCUAACAGUGGAAAGAGAUGUUGUGAGGACCAAAACUGCAGAUUUUUCGCCAAUCUUGCAAUUCGAGCAGGACCCAGUUCAAAUUCUUGACGCCCUUCUGCCUCUUUACUUGAACAGUCAAAUACUGAGGUCAUUGCAGGAAUCGCUAGCCAGUGAGCUUGCUGCCAGGAUGAGUGCCAUGAGCAACGCUACCGAUAAUGCUGUGGAGUUAAAGAGAACUUUGUCCAGGAUCUACAACAGAGAGCGUCAAGCAAAGAUUACCGGGGAGAUUCUGGAGAUCGUUUCUGGAGCCAAUGCUUUGGCGUAAGCAAAAUGCUAAGUUUCUUGUCUGCACAUAACGGUGCUUAUCUUCAUGUUGAUUAUAGUUGUUAAGAUAGUAGUUUUAGCAUAGACAAUUUUCAUUUGUGACUCUCAACCGCGUAUAAAUUUUCAUGAAAGAUGAGGACCAACAUUUUAUUUUGUAACACAAGGGCCUUACUUACCUUUAAUACAUAUGUUAAUUUUUUUAAUUCCAA